CGUAAAGGCACACACAGGGCGGUUCAUGAAUGGGCAGUGGGAGGGCCCAUCGUCAGUCUUUACCAGUCGGCCGUGGGUUAAAAAAGUGGGUGUUGAGUUGUAGUUUUGUUUGGCUCGCAAUGUUUUCGCAAUGUUUUUGAACACAUGAGCAGCGGGACACCGCGCACACAGACUGCACCGAGAGGGGCGUUCAUCCAUCGGCUGCCCGGUGCAGGCCAACCGCGGUGCAGUUAACGGCAGACCCGCAGGAGCAAGAGGAGUCUCGCCUGUGAGUCAGCCAUGGGUUUCCGCAAGAAGAACAAGAGCCCAUCUAUGCUCAGCCACGAAUUUAUUAUCCAGAACCACGCCGACAUGGUUUCGUGCCUGGCUAUGACCAUCCUCCUGGGCCUGAUGUUCGAGGUCACAGCAAAGUUUGCCAUCAUGUUCAUCACAGUCCAGUAUAAUGUCACACAAGUUCUUGGUGAGAAGAACGACCCAGUGAACUUUUACCAUUAUGGCCCAAAAGAUGUGGCUACUGUGUUUUUUUAUCUUCUCAUCGCUGUCAUCCUUCAUGCCCUGAUCCAAGAAUAUAUUUUGGAUAAAAUUAACAGGAGGCUGCAUCUGUCAAAAACCAAACACAGCAAGUUCAAUGAAUCAGGGCAACUGGCGGCAUUCUACCUGUUCUCCUUCAUCUGGGGCUGCAGCAUCCUGACAGCGGAGGACUUUGCAAAAAACCCAACUUUCCUAUGGGAGGGUUACCCACACACUCACAUGGUUUUUCAGGCCAAGUUUUUCUAUGUAUGCCAAAUUGCUUAUUGGCUUCACACACUUCCUGAACUCUACUUUCAAAAAGUACGCAAGGAGGAUAUCCCUCGCCAGCUCUACUAUAUUUGCCUCUAUGUUGUUCACAUCACUGGUGCCUAUGUCCUACAUCUCCACCGACUCGGACUGUUGUUGCUGGUCCCUCACUACUUAGUGGAGCUGCUGUUUCACGCCUCUCGUCUCUUCUACUUCAGUGAUGAGAACAAGCAGAAGGGUUUCACUCUGUGGGCUUUACUUUUUGUCAUUGCGCGACUGCUUACUCUCACCCUGUCUGUCCUGACAUUUGGCUUCGGAUUGCCCCGGAUAGAAAACCAAGGCUUUUCACUCGUGAAAGGCAACUUUAAUGUCCUCACUGUAAGGAUGACAUGUUUGGCAGCCAUCUGCCUGACUCAGGCUUGGAUGAUGUGGAAGUUCAUCAAUUUCCAGUUAAAGAAGUGGAGGGAACACAAUCAGAACCAGGCCUCAAAGAAGAAGACAAACAGCCCAAAGAGCAAACCUCACAAAAGGGAACUCAUAAGGGGAGGAGCCACCAAUGGAAUUGUGAAGCCUGAUGAGAAGACAUCACCACGCGCGAGGAAAGCUAAAAACUCAUAAACGCGGAGCAUCUGUUUACUGCUCGCUAAACAAAAUCACACAAAAAACCUCACAUAGCUGUCUCUUUUGACGAUCACAUUCCCUUUGCAAGACUUGUUCUGGGUGGAGGUUUGCAGGACAGACUUGGUUUUGAUGCUUUAAACCAAUAUCACUUCUUUAAGAUAAAAGUGUAUUUUUGUGUACAAGUACAGUAGUACCUCAACUUAGGAGCUUAAUUGGUUCUGUGACAGGGCUCUUAACUCAAAACAUUUGUAUAUGAAAUCAACAGUGCAACAUUGAAAAUAAUUGCAAUGUUGGCAAUUUUAUCUUAAUCACACACAACAGCCACGGCACAAACCCCCGAACAAGCUGAUGUGGCGUCCAUGUUUUCUCGUGUAGUAGCCUCUUCUUUGUUCAUUUACAAAAUUGUCGAGGCCACGUUGGGGCAUGUGCGCACUUAUACUGGAGUCUGAUAAAGAUCGCAUGUUACCUGUAAACCAAACAGUCAUCGGGUAAAAAAAUCAGAUUUCGAAAAAGUGAGAUUUGUUCCACUUUGGCCUGCCGUGUAAACAUAGUCAGUCCGUCUUUCCGUUUUCUACCGCUUGUCCCUUUCGGGGUUGUGGGGGGUGCUGGAGCCUAUCUCAGCUGCAUUCGGCCGGAAAGCGGGGUACACCCUGGACAAGUCGCCACCUCAUCGCAGGGCCAACACAGAUAGACAGACAACAUUCACACUCACAUUCACACACUAGGGACCAUUUAGCGUUGCCAAUCAACCUAUCCCCAGGUGCAUGUCUUUGGGAGGUGGGAGGGAGCCGGAGUACCAGGAGGGAACCCACACAGUCACGGGGAGAAAAUGCAAACUCCACACAAAAAGACACCGCGCCCGGGAUUGAACUCAGGACCUUUGUAUUGUGAGGCACAUGCACUAACCCCUGGUCCACCGUGCUGCCGUAAACAUAGUCUUAGAUAAAAAAUAGAGUAUGAAAAAAUGACAAAUGUGCUACUAACAACUACAGUAGUUUUAUGAAGUAAUGUUAUGAUAAUGUACAAUAUUACCUUAGAGAGUGGACUUCUACAGUAUCUCCUUCCAGAUGCUUUGCCGUCAAACACACCAUCAGCAGCUUCUAUAUAUUUUCAUGGAUAAAUGUUUGCUGUUUAGAUAUUAUUUUAACAUCUUUGGCUGGCGUUAGACUCAUUCAAUCAAUCAAUUAAUCUAUACAUCAAUCAAUCUGUAUUAUCAUUGUCAUAAUAACAUCAUUUUUUUUAUAUAUGUGCAUACUACUUCUAGCUAUUUGGCUGUUGUAGUUUUUAUUUUUUUAAAUUUUUAUUAUCUUUUUAUUUGUAUUUUUUUUAAUACACUGUAGCACUUUGAGGUUGUUUACUCAAUGUAAAGUGCUUUUUACAAAUAAAAUCUAUUAUUAUUAUUAUUAUUAUUAUUAUUAUUAUUAUUAUUAUUAUUAUUAUUAUCAGUUAUACUUGUCAACAAUAUUUUGGAGCAUAUUGUGGUGGUGCAGGUCACUUCUGGUACAUACAUAGGCAGCACAAUAGCAGUAGUUUUUGUAGCAUAAUAGCAGGACAGGUGAAGGGGCGUAAACAGAUGUUUGAGGAGUGUUUUGCUUCAGUACGGUGCAGACUAGCAGUUAUACGCUUGAAUUGCUAUGUCAAGUAGGGCACACACUGUCAUGUUUUUGAUUAUUUAUUUCUUUAAUUCAGUGCAUAACAGCCACUUCUUCUCAGCACUGUCCUUCACGCUCACUUUCUUCCUUCCCAUUGUUGGAAAACAAAGUAAUGCUGAUCUCCAGCUAAAAACUAAUGCUAAAGAGUAAGACCAGGGGCCUCAUGUAUUAAGAAUUGUGUUAAUUUCCUACAAAAAAAUAGUGUAGGCUCAAAUCUAGAAAUGUUGGAGUGCAGCUGGCCACUCCCUGUCCACGCCCCCAUUUAACUACUACAUCAGGAAAAAGUGAAGAAGAAGAAGAUGGAUAUGUCCCAAACAAGCGAGGGGACCGAAAAUAAAGUAGCGCUCUUCCUGUCUGAAAAGAUAGUGGCUGCAAUAUUACGUAAAACUUUAGAAGAGGUGGGUGACUCUGAUUACCCCAAGUUAAAUAUAAUUUGUUAUAACUUACAACAAAAUGUGUUCAUACAGUAGCCUGAUGAUGUAAUAUUUUGUUUGCAAUGUUUUACAUUUAAACAUACUGGCAUUCAAAGAAGAUAUGAAAGACUUUGACUCCUUUGAUUACUCAAUGUAUUAUUACACCACAGGAGAACUACUUGUGGUAGCAGCCAUGUGACACCAAGUGGGCACAUUCCUCAAGUUGGCGUGAGGCAGCACACAUUUCCAUGCUCAGUUCACUUUUGAUUUACAGUCGUGGUCAAAAGUUUACAU